GGGACCCUGAAUCUAAGAUAUUUCAGUCAACAAAACAAACUUUUACUUGAAAUGUUAUUUCUGGUUGUGUGGUGACUGGCGUUUACUAGGGAAGUGGUUCCUGUCAGAGGCUGAGAAAGCACAAUAACUUGAAGAAUAUGGACACGGAUUCAGAGUGUACAAGCAGUAGCACAUGUAUGUGUGAAGCUCUGUGCAAGAAUCAAAACGACGCUGGCCAUGGAACGUGCGAUUGUGGAUCUCCAUAUUUUCCAGUCUGGCCAACAGUUUUUGGAAUUAUAGGAGCAAUACUUAUAUUCAUCUUUUGGCAUCAUCAGAUUGCUAAGCUCUGCAGAAAAUACAAGUACAAUGGGACGCUACACCCACACAUGAGGGACGAACCGCCACCUCCUCCACCAAGAGAAAAUUCAGCUGAACACCCAAGGGAAACUGCUUGGGAUGCUCCUCCCCCUUAUGAUGCCCUUACGAAAACAGGUCCCCAUCCUCUGCCAUCUGGCAUCUCAAUCAUCCAUACAGACAAUCCUCCCUCCUAUAAUGAUGUAAUUAAAAUGGACAGAGAAGCCCAUAAAGUCACAGCAUCCAACAGCCAAGAAGCAGAGGGUCCAGAGGAAAGAGGAAAGAGAAAAAACUCCACGAAAAUGGACCUGGAUGUGGAACAGGGAGGACAGUGGGCACUAAAAAUGUAAACAGAGGAUCUUGGAUGAAAUUAAUGACUGUCCAACAAUAUUCAAUCAAUAUAGAUUAUGGUUUUAUUCCUGGGUUGUUAGAUAUAUUAGUGGUGAAAAAUAUUUGCAGGUCUUUAUUUAUCACUAAGCCUUAGUUAAGAUAAUACAUGCCAGAGAAAAACUUCUUUGUCCAAGUACCUGCUGUGUAAUCUUUCAUUUCGCAAUUGAAAGUCAGUAUCCCAGAGUUAAGCAUUUUGCUCUUGUUUAUAACUGAUCACCUCUCAGUAGUUUAUCAUUGGCUUAUCAUUGGUAAAUGUUUGCAAUAUUAGUUACAAGUGUUUUAAUUCAUGAUAAAGAUUGGUAAAAUACAUGCAUCAUAGGUAUAAGACUAAUACUGUGCUAUGAUACUAGCUUCAUAUUUGCCAUUAUGUUGGAUGUAGGUUAGAUUAUUGACAUACAGUGUAUUUAGCUGUACUUUAUAGUAGGUAGUCAAGUAGUUUUUCAAGUUAUGAAUGGUCUUUCACCUCCCUUUCAUCCUUCUUCACCUCCUUCUUUUUCUUCCUGAUCAAGCCUGAAAGCUGUCAAUGCCACUGGGUGGUAAAUAGACAACUGUGUGGACAUAUUCAUAACACUUAUUAUCUUUGUAACCCAUUUACGAUGGGAGCCUCCAGUGCCAUACCAAACAGUACCUUUGGAGUCUGUGGAGUCUGCUGCUCAAGGGAAAAAUCAGAAGCACAGGAAAUAAAAUUACCCUGUUCUCAAUGCUCUUGGUUACAGCAUUAACAUUUUUUAGGUAAUGAGAUCAAAUUUUUAUGGGACUAUUUCUACUCAGCAAAUGCAGCCAAGGCCAAACAUACCCACAACUGUUUAGCAUGCACAAUUUAGUGCAGACUGUACCGUGCAUGAUGCAAAGAUGUCAUCUCAGCCUGAGAGCUGGUCUACCAUGACAUGAUAGAAAGUCAUGCUGGUAUGAAUGUAUUUACCAGCAGUAUGUUUAUGGCACAUAUAUACAAUUUUUCUCUUCAAUGACAAGGGCUUCAUAAAUCCAUGUAUAUUUCAAGGAUAUACUCUUGCAUGUUCCACAGAAAAUGUCCUGGGUAUAUUUCUAACAUAUUUAUGCCACACAUUAUAAACAACAAGUAUUCUUUCUCAGUAGCCAUAACUUCAUAAGAUAAUCUAAACAAGAGCUUAAAUUGACCCGUAUUUAUACCUGAUGCACUUUAGAUUAACCAUUAACCAUCUCCUGACCUUUUACCUGCAUGUGAAAUCCCAGCAGCAGACAAAACAAAAAACACAGGCUGAACCAUUAAGAUGUAAAACUUGACAUACUGCCAUACUAAAAUGACAUAAUCAUAUCAUGUAAGUAGUGUGUGUGUGUGUGUGUGUUAUCACCACAUCCAAAGUGUUCCCUCUGCAGUUCCAUUUUUAUAUUGUUCAAUAUGAAUGUAAAGGUAGGAGGUCACAAAAAAAAAAUUUCAUUCACCCUUUCAAAAACAUUGGUAACCUAUUCCUUCCAGGUCACUCUCAGGUUCUAAGACAAACCAAGAGAAUGUUACAAUAUCAUUCUAAAUUAGCUUAAGUACCCUGUUGAUACUAACAACAAGUCAUUGCAUUAGCAGUAGGUUCAUAGGCUAUAGCAAGAAAACUUUUUUAGAUUUUUCUUAGAUAUUUAUAAAGGUUUUUUGUGGGCAGUCUUUAUGAAGUAGAAAACAUAUUCUGACAAGAAGUUUUUGUUGGAUACAUAUCAAAGAUGCUUUGUUAUAGUGCCUUUCAACUUUUAGGUUAUAAGAUUUAAAGAUCUAGUCCUGUCAUUUACUUUUGUAAUUGUUCCAAGAACCAAUGAUAUAAUUAGAUUACUUUGUGGUAUAUUUAGAUAUACAUAAGCACUGUAAGGAUUCAAGGUUCAUAGUCUUAUGAGUUAAGUGUUAAUAAGGUGCUAAAACACUGUUCUUCUGCUAUGAUAAUUUUGCUGCAUUCAACCUUUUAGUUACAGGUUUCUGUAACUUGUAAAUUGCAACUUUUUUAUGUGUCAGAAGUUAAUAUUUAAUAUUCAAAUAAAAAAUGCAGAGAAAUGUAGUUCUUCAGAAGAAUUUCUCAUGCAAUUUGUGCACAUGACACAUUAGUAAAGUGCAUUUUUUCAUUAAAAUCUCAUGGUAUACAUGGGACAGUUUGUAAAGUUACUUAUAUCUAUUUUUCCUAUGUAUUGUGACUCAGCUGUGAUUGUUUCAGUGUGCCUGAUGUAAUACAAAAGACAGAUUAGUGCACAUUUUUUUUAUAAAGUGUAUUCCCGCUAUUGAUCACUAUAAACUCACUAGUAAAUUAAUUCAAAAUUAUGAUAGUCAUAUAAGCUAGUCAUCAGUUUUAAGGCUUGUAAUAGUGUUUUAUUAAAUAUUUAAAACUAUAA